CAAGGAGCUUGCUCACAAUUCGAGAAGAUUAUGCGAAGGAUUUGGCAUUUGAAGGCAACAAUAAGGCUCGUGCUCACACUUGGAAGAGAGUAAGCUCAAACACUUUGAAGAGAUGAAAUGAUGAAUGCAUUGCCGCUGUACUGUUCUUCACGACUCACUAAGAUGAUCCUGAAAUGAAACGGAUUACGUAUCCUCCGUUCCUAUUCCUCGGCCAUGGUCUUAUCUGAAUGAAGCCCUGCAUGCAUGCAUGUUCUCCAUUCUGACACCGAAUGCGAUCGGAAAGGAAAGGCCAGGAACAUCUCGUCAUGGUGCUGUACUUGGGAGGAGUGGCAGGCAGUCCCAUCAUAGAGCUAUUAAAUCGUUUCGUUCUGCGCACACAUCCAACAUUCAACACUCAACACUCAGCUGAAAGUCUACGAGCAGAUUUGAUCCGAUCUCGAAGAGCGUGUCUAAUGGGAACGUCGGAUCGCUGUUCUCCAGUGCUCCUAGAGGCUCAGAGGAGCGCUUAAUUCUGAUUCAGAGCACCGAGAAGCAUGCACCAUGGCUGGCUGGCUUUCGUAACACGUGGUCAGUGGUGCAGAGGUGUGGUGCUUUUGGCUGACGAAUAACGCAAUGCAAUGUUGAGCGAUGAGAUCAUGAGAUUCAAGCAGGUGAAAUCAGAGCAGACGAGGAACAAUCGAUGAGCGUCAAUUCGAUGGAGCUGUCGAGAAGAGUAGACUAGACUAGAGCAGAUGAUCUGCAAAAGGAGCACCAGCAGGUGUCUUUUGGAAAGCUCUAAAGGGGUUGGUUAGGUCAGAUCAGGUUAGGUUAGGUUAGGUUAUGUUCCCUUAGGUUAGGUUAGCUUUAUGCCUCGGCAGAUGUGCCUCUGAGCACUCUCCCUUCCGGCCAAGAAUGUUUCGGUUCAUAGGUAAUAUAACACAACUGCUUGCCACUCGAGCCACAUCAACCAACUCAAUCAAUCAAUCAACUUUGACGAUUGCCCGAGCUUGAGCCUCUAACUGGGACUUAGACAAAAGUUCAAAGGAAGUAAUUUGAAACCAUUUCAACCAACAUGACCUUUUGGAC